AUGUUCAAAAGUUUGCGCCACAAGGCGCUGGCCCUCUCGGCGGGGUCGCUGCGCUCCCCGGCGGAAAACAUGAAGCCGGACCCUGCGGUCCAUGCUGCGGUGCUUCUGCAAGUACACGCCUUUGAAAUCGCUCUCCAGGCUAUGGAUUUGUUGCUCGACGACCGGAAUACAGAAGGAGUGGAGUUGUUGAAAGCAGAACACGCAAAAUACAAACGCGAAAAUGCAGACCCGGCGGCGGUGUUCCCGUUGGCCUUGGGGGUCAUGGAGUUCAUUGAGGCCACGUUGGGGUUUGAGACCGACGUCAUGGACCGCGCCCGCAAGUCACUCGGCGAGGCGGAAAACGCAUCGUUGGCUCACGCAAAGUACAGCCAGAAGGCGGGGAUUGCCACGUCUCACAUCUACCCGCCAGGCACAGAGUUCCAGGUCACGUACGCGGAGCUGUCGCUUUUGAACGCCUUGGUCAUGCUUUUGCAGGAAAACAACACCAUGAUGGACCAGGCCAAGGCUCUCUUGAAGUUGCGCAAAGCCUACCAGAUCCUCGACGCCACGUACAAGAAGAUCAAUGACCUGGAGCCCUUGUUCAGCAAGAACUUGGCCAAGUUCCGCAAACAGUCGCUGAACCACUCGUUCAGCUCUGUGGAUCUCCCGGGCUUCACCAUUCCGGACCCGGCAGCCCGCCCCGAGCUGGCGCCUGCCACAAAGAGCCUCUCUGCGGACAAGCAGCUCAUGCGCGACUUGGAACGAGUCUACCAGAUGCGCAAGGCACGCAUCGAGGGCACCAGCAUCAAUAGCUCGGUGGGAAGCAACAACCUCCUGUCGCCAAAAACAUGCUCUUUGCUGGCGUCUGUUAUGUCGCUCGACACCUUGUUGAGCUCGUUGAGCACAGAAACGAACGCCGCCAGCGACCUGCAUUUGCACGUGUCCACCAUUGACGAAUUCAUUCACUCGGGCGUGCAGUUGUGUUUCGGCAUUCUCCAGGUAGUUCUCUCCUUGAUCCCGCCUACAAUCGGGAAGGUGCUUUCUAUUGUGGGGUUCAAAGGUGACCGUACCACUGGUUUGCACAUGCUCUGGCGUACAGCCAUCACCGCGCGGAACAUUCACGGGGACUUGGCGCUAUUGUUUCUCUUGGUAUUCUACGACGGGCCUAUCCAAUUUGUGGAUACAGGAUUCCAGCUCCCGGGGCACGCAGACGAGGAUGUUACUGAUAUCAUUCAGUUGAAAGACCGCUCGACUGUGUCUGAUACUGAGCUCCUCAAGAUAGUCGACCAUCCGAAACUAUACACCCCACAGCUUCUUAAGAAGGCGAGGGAACUCUUCCCAAAUAACUGCUUGUGGCUUCUCCAGGAAGGAAGAAUGCUUGUGUCACUGGGUGAAAUCGAGCAGGCCUUGCAUAUGAUGCAACGCUUCACGGACGACCCAAAUUCCCGUGUUGAAAUGGAGCAAGUUGAGGCGAUUUUCACUUUUGAUCGUGCAAUCUUUUACACUUUUGUCCAUGACUUUGAUAGUGCUGCUCGCGACUUCACGCGUAUGUUGGAGAUCAGCUCAUGGUCGCUGGCCGUGUACUUGUUCGUGGCCGGGGCUUGUUAUUUGGAGAAAUGGAGAAAGAUUCAAGCGGGACUUCUUGAGUUCGAUACCGUGGAAGAGAAGAAUGAGAAGCUCGCAUUUUAUGAGCAAAAAGCCGACUAUUACUUAAAGCUUGCACCCACCUACGUGCCAGGGCAUGGAGAAAAUGCAUCGAAGAAGGGGGGAAUAGGAGGCUUAGGCAAACAGAUGCCGUUUGAUAAGUUUGUGUUGAGGAAGACAAAACAGAUUUUGUCCCGCAUGAAAGCCUACCCGCGCUUGCUGUACAUCGAAUGCGUUGGCACGUCUCUUAUUUUGGAGUUAAUCUACUUCUGGAAUGGAUACUCGAGAAUGGAUGCGGAAAAGUUAAAGCAGCUGAUUCGUAUGCUAGACUUUUCUAUCGGACCUCAUGCGAAGUUCCCCGAGACGACUGACGAGGCAAUGAUCAGGCAAUUGUUCCAGAGUAUAGCACUCAGACAGAGCGGGAAGGUGAAUGAAGGAUUGAAUCUUUUGGACACGCAGGUUAUUUCCAAGUACGUGACGCAAGAUUCGGCAAACUUGCCGUUCAAGUUCAGGAAAUUGACGUACUCGCCCUACCUCUAUCCCACUGCUCUCCACGAGAGGGCGUCGUUUGCGUGGAAACUCCAGUUCCAGAGUGACACGAGGCGUGCUGUCACCGAGAGCAGUGCAUGGUUGAAGAAAGCAGAGACAGUGUCGGAUGUUGGAGAUUACGAGUUAAGUAAUCGAACAAGCAUGGCAAUCAAGGCUGCCAGUGAACGCUUGGAACAAAUGAGGGAGAUACUCGACAAGGAAGAAUGAGUUUUACGAGGUGGAUGCCAUCCCGGGAAAAGCAUAUGAUUCGCCCAGGCAAUGAAGACUUUGGUUAGCGCUAAAGGACCUUACAGAAGUAAAUAAGAAAAAGAGAAAACAGAGAAAAAUAAAAUAUGAACAGCUUAUGCGACGUGUGCGUUAUUUAAUACAUUCAUGGAUACAAACG